UCCAAAAAGUCACGCUGACAUACUUAUUUUGUCGAUCUUGUAUAGUUAUGGUAUUUCUUGCUGUACAACAUUGUGACUUUUAAUUUUAUACAUCUGUAUUCAAAGUUAAGAUGAGUGAAAUUAUAAAGCAGUGGAUUCAGGACAAAUUAGGCAUAAUAAUAAAUUUAACGCCGGAAACAUUUUGUGAAUUAACUCGAGAUGGACUCCUUUUAUGCAGGAUUCUUAGAUUUUACGAAGUCAUUAAUCAAGACCAGUUAAAGAUGAUAGAAAAAUCCGAUGUAAGAACUGUACGUUUUGAACAACUUUCAAGAGCAUAUAAUAUAUUGGUUGAAGAUAAUAAACAUCCACUUAACUUCUGAAGAUAUAAUCGAUAUUGUCGACUGCAAUGGUUUAGCUUCGUUAAGCUUAUUCUAUCGCGUGUUCUUGGAACUUCAUGAAAAGGAUUGUCUAACUUUUAUUUCUAAAAAUAAAUUGAGCGAAAAAUUGCACCCCAAAAUGGAAAAAUACACUGUAGUAAAAGUAUGCGAUAAACCACCUGAUAAAUUAAUAGAUAAUAAAUACAAAGAUAAUCUUGAUAAUACAUUCGAUGUCAUACAUUGGCUUCAAGAUCGCUUGGAAAUGGUAGUCAGCAAAUGCAAAAGUGCUAGGGAAGAAUAUCUUCACAUUUUACGUACAAGAGAAAAAAGGAUAUCCAGCACUUUUUCAGUUCCAAGCAUACCCUUAUACGAUGACACCUGCGACCAAAUCGAUAACGUUUCCGCAGUAACACUCAAUAUGACUUACGAGCAAUUGAUGAACGAAAAAAAUAACGUACGUAAAGCGAACAAAUUCAAACCAGAUUUCCAUCAUGCGCAACAAAUAUUGGAGAAAAUGAAACAAAAGUUGAGGAACAAGCAGGAAAACAAAGUAUUCAUGAAAGAGCUCCAGAAACAUAUCUUACAAGAUUUCUUCGUUAAACUCGUUAACGAAGAAAGUCAAGAUGUUAGUAACGAUAUCGCGGAGAAAAUACUCAAACAAUCCUUUUACGAAAAGCAAAUGCAGAAUAAGCUUAGAGAGAUAAAGUAUCAAAGAGAAAAUAUGCUGCAAAGCAAACAAAUUCUCAACGACGCCAUAGCAAAGGAAAAAGAACAGGAGUUUAUAGAAAAGCUGAUGCAAAAGAAAAAAAUUGAACAUAAAAAAGAAUUUGAAUAUUACUUGGAAAAAGAGAGGGCGCUGCAGUUACACAGAGUGAUUUACACUGAAAAAUUAAGAUUAAAAGCCGAACAAACGUUUAAUUCCUGCGAGGACGCCAUAAAGGGAAUAUGUAAAAUGGCUGUAAAGUUUACAGAAUAUAAAACGUUCUUUGGCGAACAGCCUUCAGAGAAAAUAAUGGAUAGUUGGAAGAAAAAGAUAAACGACGAAGAAGCUCCGACUGAAGCUAAAGUAACGGUAGCCGAUAUAGUAACCAGAGACAAUAUGAAAAUUGAACAAAUCGUUCAUCGCGAAAUAGAAAAACAAAAUAAACUAGAUAAAGACGAUUUUGAUAAUUACCAAGAAUUCAAAUGGCCCUGGGUUCUACAAAACAAUGUUACAGAAGAAGAGGUGAAAGAAAUGAACAACGGAAUGAGAGUUUUGGGACAUUUUGUACAUCUGUUGUUGAAUAUGAAAUAUCCGUUACCUGUUCAUCCGAGUCCACCAGAUUUACCAAAAGUAAACGUCAGAGUUUGCUUGAAUGGAUUACCCGAGUUAACCUGUUUAAAAGUACUUAAAAAAAUGUUGAGUCAUAAAGAAAUCUUGAUAGUCGAAUUACAAGACGCUGUAAACUUUUGUUUAGAUAAAUUUAAGGAAGAAACCCGCGAGGACAAUGAGAGUAUGGACGAAGAACAAACGAGUUUUAUAUAUGACACGGAGCAACCUGAAAUUUUUCAAAAAAAGGGAUCGAAAAGUUAUUCGUCCACGGGUGCAAAUGGCCAGAAGGAAAUUAAUUUGGAUAAAACAAAUAGCGAUAAAUGCGUUCAAACGCCUAAAUUUUAUCCAAAUGAAAAAGUGAUUUUGUCUCAGAUGGCCGAAUUAGGAAAGAUAGCAUACGAGGAAGUAUCUGACGGAAAUAGUUUGACAGAUUUCUUGUUGGUUUCUAUGUUUAUAGAAUAUCUGAAAUCGAAACAGGAUGAAAUCAAAGGAUGGGUGCUUGUCAAUUACCCCACGACAUUCGAUCAAGCGGUGCUAUUUGAAGAAGCGAUCAGUGGACUAAAAAUACCAGGUGUCUUGCCAAAACACAAAAUUGUUAAAAGUUUAGCGGAUAUAGUUUAUAUGUGCGAAGAAGCUACAAAUGAACUUGAAGAACUUAGACAUUCAAAUUUAGUACCUGAUCCAGCUGAAAAGCGCGAACCUCUAGCCUAUGAUACAGUAUUAACUGCAUUUAUAAAUGUCGAACAAGAAGCCAGUGAUUUAAGCAGUGAAAACGAUGUUCCAAAUGAACUACAGGACAUAGAAGACUAUUCCAAGCUACAACAAUUUUAUACUGACCAAGGCUGUAACUAUUCCGUAUACUACCAACAUUUCGAUUAUUUUACUAUCAAACAAAUAGCAAAAUUGGUAAUAGGCGAAUUUAGUCUUCCCCCGAAACCCUCGAUUGAGUUAUUUGGAGAAACCAUCACGUAUUUGGAUCUUAAUAAGGGAGAUGAGAAAAAAAGCAUUCUAUCCCUUAAACAUGGGGAUAAGAAGGAACCGGACCGGGUUGAAAAAGUUGCCAAAAAAUCAUCAAUAGUGGCAUCAUCACCUAAAAAAGCCCCAAGUUUAACUAUAGAUACACCAUCGGGAAGAAAAUCUAGAGUUUUCGCACAUGUUGUAAAAGAAGAUAAAUGGACUCAAAUUCCUGAAUUAAUAACAAUUGAAGUAGAGCAAGAGGAAAUCACAAAGCCUGGAGAAUACGGCUAUAUUUUCGAAAAUUUGUUAAUUUCGGACGAUAUUGGAAUGAUAUUGGUAGAGAUUUGGGAAAAAAUGGAAGAGAUUUACAUUAAUGAUCUAAACCAGGUGUUUUUCCAAAAGAGGGUAAUCUCGAACAUGUUAUUGCCAUACGUCGAAUUUGCCAAAAAUAUGAUACGUAAAUAUAUUGUCCAAACCGAUCAGAGACAACUAUUUUUGAGAAAAUUCCAAGAAAAAUUUAAUGAGUUUGAUAACGAUUUUCGAAAAGAUAAAGAAUUCAAGGCAGAACUUCAUUGUCUAAUUGACGAACUAAAAAACAGAUUUAUAUAUCUAGCGGACCUUCGAAUGAUGAGAGCAGAACGACAAAGAAAAGAUUUCGUUAAAGAAAGCUGGGGCCCUAAACAAAUGAUUCAACUAUUCAACAAUUACAUAAGCGGCUUUCAGAUCGAAUUAGACAGAAACUGCGACACGUUGUCAUUCAUAAACGACUAUUUCACCGCUCUCAUAACGAAAGUACCGUGCGACGAGAUUCCACCGAAAGAAAUUUUACAAAAAUAUAAUUCGGAUUCUACAGAGAUUGAGCAAGAGAUUAACAACGUUUACAUAAAAUUUGGUUCCAAAGAAGCUAAUCCAUUUGCUCAUAGAAUUGACCAUGUUUACCGCAAGGCAGUGGGAAUUGCGGAACGGUACGAAAAUAAUGCGUUAUCAAAUUUUGACAAAAUUAGCGCAUUAUUUUUAACUGGACCUAAUAAAAAAGGAGGAAAGCCGAAAGCACCCUUAAAAGGUGGAAUUCUCACAGUAUUCGAACCCAGCGAAAAUAUAAAACAGAACGCACAGCAUAUAUUCGAAUGUUGGGAGUCAUGUUUAAAAGGAGAACUAGCUAGAAUAAAAAUACGACUACAACUUUUAAAAACCGAUGCGAGUACUAAUAUCGAUAUAUUUUUUAACACUUUAAAAAACACAUAUCUUUCGUUGUACGAGGAAAAUAGAUUGAGAUAUGAAACAGAGUCAAAUAGCUUUAAGAAUGUGUGCUAUGUUUUGUCACUUGCCGUCGAAAGAGAGAUUCCAGUACAAGAUGAGUUGGUAUUGAUUACAGAAGAGUUUUCAGUAAAUCCAGAGUCCCUUCUGUUUGAAGAUUCAAUAGAUAUGUUUGACGAACCUGUAGAACCGCCAGAAGAAUUAGUAUUUACUAUAAGUCAGUUACAUACUCUUAUAGAAAUAUUUGUUGAUUUAGGUCCAGAUGGAUAUCUGUCCGAGCGUGCAUUUACUUUUUUAUUACAAGAUAUGGCUUUAAACAGCGACCAAAAACUAAUACCCAAAGAGUGGAUGAAAUUAACAGGACCUAAUAUAAGUCAUAUCAGCCAAGAAAUGUUCGGACCUCAGAAAUUCGUUUGCUGGAAAGAUUUUAUUAUUUACAAUUUAAUUCUACCGUUUCCGACAGUCGACGAACUUAUCGAAAUCCGAAAUAAUUUUAGAAAUUUUGAUGGUAAACGUACUGAAUUAAUCCACAUCAAUGACUAUCAGUCUAUUAAUUUCUGGUUCGAGGCAGACGAGAAACUCGACGUUGAUGGAAUCAAAAAUCUAUUAUUCAGGAUGUAUCAAGUCGACGAAAACUUCUCGAACUAUACGGCGAUGUUGUUCGAUUUUUGCAAAAGUGACAACACUAUUGUGGGGAUAGCUAAGGCGUUUGCAGUAGUGUGCGGGAAAUCGGUUUGUUGGGAUAAGGCGAUAGGCAAUAUGUUUAUUGAGUCUGCAUUAGAGCAACGGACGCUUCAUGAUGAACAGGUAAAAUUGAGAGAUAAUGAAAUAAAGGAACAUGUAGAAUUUGCUAAGACGAUUGUGGACCGUCUAAUUGAUAAUACAGUUCAUCUUUGCGAUAGCCUGACAAUUACAGAAAUCCCAAAUGACGAACAAGAUGCAAAAGACACGAUUCACAAUCUAACUGGAGAUACUUUGACUAGUGAAAUUACGACUGAAGAACAGCAGAAAUCGCAGGGAAGUGCAAAGCAAAAAAAAGAAUCGUUUUGUAACAUUGGUUACGAAGUUAAAAAGUAUCCGUCUUAUUAUUAUUUUAUCAAUCUUGAUGACAUUAUUACUGUUUUAAGUAGAACUUUCAACUGGAGAACCAAGAAUUCUGAAAAUUCGAUAAUUUACGAGUUUAUCGAGCAACUUUAUGUAACAUGUAAAAACCCGACGUUUAAUAAUCAAGUCUUUAGCCACCAAUUCCUUAAUAAUAGUGACUUUUUAAAAAUAUUUGGAUCGACUAAAAAAUUUUUAAUCAUUCGACCCUAUUCGAUAGUUCAAAAAUUUUUAAUAGAAGCUCAGUUAAGGGAAUUCUAAACGCAAUAAAUAGAUUUACUUUAUUCGACUUUUAUUUUACGUCUUGGUCCCAUUCGAGUUUAUAUUUAAUUUAAAACGAUUUAAAUGUUCAAAGUUGUUUUCAAAACUGUAAAAACGUCUUUUCCGACAACAAUAGAUCAUGAGCUACCCAUAUAAACCAUCCCCUUCCCUGAGAAUUUAUGAUUCACACAUUAUUUUUUUCUUGGUAUAUCAUAUAUACUUUAAUUCCAAAAUAGUAGGCACUAAAUCAGGUGUGGGCAAAUACUUUUAAGCACGGGCCAAAUUUGUUUUUCGGGUAAAACUGCGGGCCUCCCCAUAAUUAGAAAAUCAUUUAAAAACUUAUUAUCUAUAUAUUUCUAAAUUUUACAAUAAAAUUGAAAAAUUUGCUUUUAUUAUUAUUUUACCUUCGAUAAUAUCCAACUAAUUAAACAAUUAAA